UACCUGUAUAUUCAAAUUGUUUUUAUAAAUAUUUUUUAUGACUGACUACAGUUGUAAUUACCUUUAAACUAAGUUAUUUUAAUUUUAAGCGUUUACGUGUUUCUGUUUGUUGAAUAUUAGAAUUUUAAUUUACUAAAACCAUAAUGCACGAUUUUUCGUAUGAUUUUGACUCAGUUACUCCCGAUUUGUGGAUGUCUGAUGAAGAUAAUUGGAAAAACAAAUUAUCAAAACUUACUAAUUGGUAUCAGAUUCCUCUAUUGAAUUCGAAUGCUUCUCAUAACUUUUCCGAUGGUAGACUGGUUCGGUUUCGUGGAAUGGUCCAGGAUAUGCAUAAUCCCGAGUUUUAUUUUGAAAAAUUUGAAGUUUAUAAUGCUUCUACCAAUGAAGUCAAAGUAAAAUCUGGAAAAUACUGUGAUACAGCUCACAUACUGGAGAAUGAAAAAAUUAAUUAUACAGAAAAUUUGAAAAGUGCACAGCGGCAAGCUAUGGUGGUUGUUUCGCUACCUGGUCUGAGUGAGUGGGCUCAAGAAAUAGAGGAUAGCAGAAACCAUUUGAAGCAUUUAAAUGAUCAACCUAAUACCACAAAACGACUCAGCUUGACAAAUACAAAAUUCAAAAGAAGCUAUGAUGAGGCUGAAGGAGACCCUGAGGCUAUGGAAGUUGUAGACAAUGUUUGCGGGAAUAAGGAACUUAAGACUGUGGAAAAAGUUGAAGAAGGGAAUAAUGUGGUAUCCAGAGAGCAUUUACUAAACUUUCCAUUACCUGAUGUACCUAGUAAAUCAUGCAUUGUUAAGAUAUAUGAUGAAUCAGAAAAUCUCAAAUUAAAUGAUAUGAUAGAAGUUAUAGGCUUUUUAUCUGUUGAUCCAUCUCUGUCCGGUGAGUUCCGACCUGAAAAUAACUCAUUCUUGGAGCCGGAGAGUGAAACAGAAGCGGAGAUAAUCACACACAACCCUCCACCGAGUUUAGUUCCAAGGAUCCAUGCUGUUGUUGUGAAGAAACUUGAACAUUGUAAUCCAUUGUUAAAGGAAACUUUUGAUCAAGCAAAAGUAUUAGAAGAAGCCAGUUCAGCGAGAGAGCAUCUUUUAAAAGCUUUAACGGAACUGCUGCUUGGAGAUGAAUUGGCAGCUGAAUAUUUAAUAUGCCACCUUAUUGCAUCUGUAUAUCUAAGACAAGAUACCCUUGCACUUGGACAGUUUUGUUUGAAUAUCUCAAAUUUGCCAACUAAAAAAUAUCCAAAUUAUGCCAAACAACUAUAUGAUAUUAUAAAACAAUUUGUCACGAAAAGUUACUAUCUCCCUCUCACAAUUGAUAAUCUGAAUACUAUGACUUUAUUACCCAAGAAAGAUUAUGAUUGUAAUAGAUUAACAAGUGGUAUUCUACAACUAAGUAAACACACGCAUUUAGUGUUAGAUGAGACUAAAAUGGAACAAGGACGUCUAGACUCGACCGGAGUAGGGAACAUAACUGCAUUAGGCAAUAUGAUAACUACACAGAAAGUUGAAUAUGAUUUUAAAUAUUAUAAAAUGGAAUUCGAUGCGGAUAUUAAAGUUUUGUUACUGUCUGAAGGAAAAUCUCUGUUGCCGAGUGAUUAUCACAUUCCCCUGAAACCUGAGGAAUCAUCUCUGGAGAUAUUUGAUGCUAUAGUGGAAGCCGCUACUUAUUAUUUAAAGGAAGAAAUUAUGAAUACAAUCAGAAAAUAUUUAACCAACUUGAAACUUGUCAAAUAUACUGUCACUGAAGAUUUAAAGUUUGUAGAAGAUGAUUUUAUAGAAUUGCGUAAAGCGGACACUGAGAAUCCGUUCAGUGCGGACGACCUGCACCGACAUCUGGUGUUGGCCAGACUGGUCAGUCUGUCGCACGGCCGCGACACCUUGACUGAACAUUGCUGGGAUAUCACACGCAACAUGGAAAAUAAAAGAUUAGAACGCUUGAAGAAUAGAAUAACCCCCACAUUGUAGUUUUUAAGAAUAAACGUUGGCUUUAUA